AUGAAUCUCUCGGGGACCCUCAAUGUCUUCAAGCUCCUGAGAGACCCUGCGCUCUGCCUCCCGCACUACACGGUUUCCACUUUCAACCAAUUGCCCGUGCCGCUGUCUCGGGCCCUAACCCGACCUGAUGGAAAGCCCGUAGACAUCCGGGCCGUGGUUCUGGACAAGGACAACUGCUUUGCCGUUCCUCACACGGAUGAGGUUCAUCCUGAGUACAAAGCAAAGUUCCAAGAACUCCGCGAGGCUUACCCGGGCUCAAAACUGUUGAUAGUUUCCAAUACCGCCGGUACAGCAUCCGAUCCGGCUCAUGCCCAGGCCGAGCUAUUGCAGCGCAAUACUGGAAUCAGGGUCCUUCACCACAACACAAAGAAACCUGGCUGCCGCUCUGAAGUUUUCGAAUACUUUCGCAAUGCUCCAGAUGCUGGAGUGACGUCGCCCUCGCAGAUUGCUGUCGUUGGUGACCGCCUGUUCACUGAUGUCAUGAUGGCCAACCUGAUGGGUGCGCAUGGGUUCUGGGUUAAGGAUGGAACCAUCGGCCCGCAUAGCUUCUUUGCGAAGGCGGAACACAAACUAGCUGCCUUUCUUUUGUGGCGAAAAUACUCUGCCCCAGCCCCACGGAGCACCGUUGAGUGA